AUGGUCUUAAAGGAAGGGAUUCUGAGUGAGGUCUCCUCUAGUGUGAUUGGUAUGGAUGGGGAGGUUAUGCAACAGGAACUUUCUGGCUCAAGUCAGGGUGUUGGGCAACAACAUGGUGAGUCUCCUACAGGUCUUGUCUUAGGGGCUUCAAGUCAGUCCACAAAUUCACAGGAUGAUAUUGUUUUGGCAGAUUUGGUUAAGGAAGUGCAAGAAUUUGGAAGAGUAUUUGGCAUCAUGGACAAUGUGAGUGUAUUGGUUCUUUGGGAAGCUCUAGAGCUUAAGCAAUGGAACAAAUCUUGCUUUGGCAAUCUUUAUGCCAUGAAAAGGAGGGAUCAAGAUCAUUUAGCUGUAGUCACUCACCAAAUUCGAGAUCUUGGGUUCUUUGAGGAUUUGGGUAGAGAGGAGUCUCAUGCAGUUAGAGAACUGGAGGAAUGGGAACCUAGGGAAGAGAUUUUUUGGAAGCAGAAGGAUAGGGUUGACUGGCUUCAGGAAGGAGACAUGAAUACUACCUUUUUCCAUAACUCAGUGCAAUCCCGUCAAAAUAGAAGUUACAUAUCCAUGUUGGUUGAUUCAGCUGGAAUUCAACUGACUUCUUUGCAUGCUAUGUCUCAUGAAGCUACCUGGUACUAUUCUGCUCUCUUUUCUGGUGAUUCACCUCUUGUUGUGGAUGACGAGAACAUGAUCCUUUCUUGUAUUCCCUCUCUUAUUACAAAUGUGAUGAAUGCUUCUCUUAUGCGUCCAAUAUCUUUGUCUAAAUUGGAGGAGGUUGUUUUUGGGAUGCAUAAGGGUAAGGCUCCAGACCCCGACAAAUUUCUAGUGGAAUUUUUUUAG